AUGAAUUUUCGUUUUUUAAUUCUUCUCCUAACAAUUGCAUUCGCUUAUGAUCGAGUGAAAGCAGAGUAAUAAAUUGAGAAAAGCAUCACGUUAGAAGAAUCUAAGUUAAUCUAAGAGAUCACAUUUUCAGAAACCUUUUAGGAAACACCAGUUGUCUACAUCACCUUAACAAAACUAUCAAUGGCCAGCUAAAAAUAUGGAUUUGAAAUUGAUGUUACUGAAGUGAAUACCAAAGGGUUCAAAAUAAUAUAUAAAAAAUACAUUGAUGAUCCAAUAACACUACAAGUUUAAUGGUUAGCCAUUUUUGAUCCUAGAGUUGAAGUGGCUUAUUACACCUCUUUUAAAUAAUAAUUGAUUGUUCCAGUGUAUGAGGAUAAUUUUGCAUAUUCAAUUAUAGGUGUUCAAGGAAGUUCGAAUUAAGUUGGAAUUUAAGUUGAAAAAAUUGAUAAUGGGAAUGCAUAUUUACAAGUCACAAACUCUGUGAAAAUGAUAAAAUUAUGUAUAAUAUCUGGGUCCAAACAUGCUUUGUAUCCUAAAUUUAUUCCAUUCUCUGUGUCUAAUAAUCAUCCUUGGCUUAAAGAACAGAAGGGAAAAGCAUUUAUUAGUUUUUCAUACGAUCUUAAUGUUAAUAAGCCUAUCUUGAUUGGCGGUAUAACUGAAUUCCUAUUCAAGAGUUAAGCAAUCAAGAUCCAACUACAAAACUUAAAAUAUGAUGAUAAAGUAUUAGCAGAAAUUGGAACUUGGAAUGACGCCCAAUUAGUGUAAGCCCAAGUUUCAAUCUUGGCUUAUAUAAUAGAUGAAGAUUUGAUUAUGUCAGACAAGAAUUGUGUUGAGUUGUUUGAAUAGUGCUACUUUUAAGGAAAAACUAUUAAGAUUUGUAAAGAAGGAGAUGGAUAGAACUUGGGAACUGAAUUUAAAUUCAAAAGUUUUAUUGUUCCUAGAUUCAAACAGUUUGAACUUGUAAACAAUAAAGAUGUUCAAUAAUUAAUGGGAAUAGAAUCCUGUGUUGAUGAAAUGAUAUUGAAAUGA